UUAUUAACGUACUCUAACUACCCUACUGGAACUCUAUAUAGUAAAAUCUUGAUAAACUAAUAAUUUUAUACAAAAAAGUUUUAUCAUUUCAUAAAAAUUAUUAAAAUUUAAUUUAAUCAAGCUCAAUUGGGACCAAAUUUUUUUAUUAUUUUAGCGAAAUAAUUGGUUUACGGAAGUUCUACUAUAUUUGGGACAUGGAAGCCAAUUUUAGGCAACCAAAAAUGCUUCAAAAGUAUUAACAAGUUUUGCACCAUGAAGAAAAGUUACCCUUUUGGUGCUGGAAAUUAUUCUCAGAUUUAGUUCAUGACUAACUUUUGACCUUUUAGUUUAAUUUGGUAAAAAUUUACCCGUUAGAUAUAUUUGUAACGGUGGUGCUAUUCACAGCACAAAACACCACUCUACUCACAACUCACAACAUUUAAACCCUACAUUUUUCAAAUGGUGAUUAGUUUUAAGUGGUGAUUAGCUUGGUGAAGAGUGCUUGGAAUAGCAUUUCCAUAUUUAAACUCCCUUGUAUCUCUUUCAUAGGCCACCUCUUUGUGGUGGCCCUCAUUUUUUUUUUUGGUGAACAAGGCACUCGUUCUUUUAAUCCGGCGGGCUGGUCCUGAUGUAGGACCUUCAUUUUCACAUCGUCUUAUCCCCUCACUAUCCGUAAUAAAAAUAGUGGAGGAAAUAUGACCAUUUCCCGACCACUUCCACCACCGUUUCCUUAGUUCUCGUUAUCUUCACUUCGAUUGCUUCAAGUUCUCUAUGUUUUUUCACUUUCUACGAUCGUCGAAAACGAUUUCAUUGAUUUGUUACCCGCCUUGGAAGAUCCCAUCUGCCCUGUUUUGAGAUGCAUAUAACGUGUUUGAUGAAAUGUGCGAAAGGCAUAUGCAAUUUCAUAAUGAUUGUUGUAAUAAAUGUCAAAGUUGAGCUGAUACAGCACUACAUGUUUCAGAAUUCGGUACUGAUCAUCGACUUGGAAAACUUGGGGAUGGUAUCCGCCUUUGGGCAAGUAUUAAUCCAGACCUUAUCUUCGCUGUUUUUCUUCCUGCUCUUCUCUUUGAGAGCUCCUUCUUGAUGGAAGUACACCAAAUCAAGAGAUGCAUCGGUCAAAUGCUUAUUCUUGCUGGCCCAGGUGUUCUGCUUUCGACCUUCUGUCUUGGAUCUGCAAUGAAGUUUGCUUUUCCAUACAACUGGAGUUGGAAGACAACCUUGUUGCUAGCGGGAAUUCUUAGUGCUACGGAUACUGUAGCUGUUAUGGCUUUGUUGAAAGAGCUUGGCACGAGCAAAAAGUUGAAGACUAUAAUCGAAGGAGAAUCACUGAUCAAUGAUGGGACAACCAUUGUGGUGUAUCAGUUGUUCUACCGUAUGGUCCUAGGGGAAAACUUCAGUGCUGGAGAUAUAGUCAAAUAUGUAACACAAGUUUCAGUUGGAGCUGUAGGUAUAGGUCUUGCUUUUGGAGUGGCAUCUGUUUUGUGGCUGGGAUAUAUUUUCAACGACACUGUUAUAGAGAUUUCACUUACACUUUCUGUGAGCUACCUCGCUUAUUUCGCUGCUCAAGAGGGCGCUGGCGUGUCAGGUGUCUUAACAGUGGUGAUUUUGGGGAUGUUUUAUUCUGCAGUUGCUAGGACAGCUUUUAAGGGUGACAGCCAACAGAGUUUGCAUCAUUUUUGGGAAAUGGUUGCCUACAUUGCUAACACCCUCAUUUUCAUCUUAAGUGGAGUGGUUAUAGCUGAAUCUGUUCUUCACAGCGACAACUAUUUCUUUAAGCAUGGAACAUCAUGGGGUUACUUGAUUCUUCUCUAUGUUUUCAUCCAAUUAUCCCGCGUUAUAGUUGUUGGGACCUUGUAUCCGUUUCUGCGCUAUUUUGGGUAUGGCCUGCAGUGGAAAGAAGCUAUUGUUCUUGUUUGGUCAGGCUUAAGAGGUGCCGUGGCAUUGUCUAUGUCAUUAUCAGUGAAGCGUGCAAGCGACAGUUCAACCUUUUUAAAUCGUGAAACAGGAACUCUGUUUCUUUUCUUUACCGGUGGGAUUGUAUUCCUGACGCUCAUUGUCAAUGGAUCGACGACACAAUUCCUCUUACGUUUUCUGGGUUUGGAUAAGCUAUCAGCCGCAAAGAAACGUAUUUUGGACUACACAAGGUAUGAAAUGAUGAAUAAGGCACUGGAAGCAUUUGGUGAUCUUGGAGAUGAUGAGGAACUAGGUCCUUCUGAAUGGCCCACGGUGCAAAAAUAUCUUGCUUGUUUGAAUAACCUGGAAGAAGACCAGGUGCACCCUCACACUCAAUCCCAGAAUGAGAUUAACAUCGAUGCUAUGAAUGUAGAAGACACCCGAGUACGCCUCUUAAAUGGAGUCCAAGCUGCUUAUUGGAGGAUGCUAGACGAGGGAAGAAUAGCCCAGAAUACUGCAACUAUCUUAAUUGGAUCAGUAGAUGAGGCAAUGGAUUUCGUCAGCCAUGAUUCCCUGUGUGACUGGAAGGGGCUAAAAUCCCAUGUUCACUUUCCGAGUUACUACGGAUUGCUCCAGAGGAGCAUCUGUCCAAGGAAGCUGGCGAGUUUAUUUACGGUGGACCGGUUAGAGUUUGCAUGUUACAUAUGUGCAGCGUUUCUCCGCGCUCAUAGGAUUGCAAGGAGGCAACUGCAUGACUUUAUAGGCGACAGUGAAAUUGCUUCUCUUGUAAUCAGUGAAAGUGAAUCAGAAGGAGAAGAAGCAAGGAAAUUUUUGGAAGAGGUCCGACAUACUUACCCUCAGGUUUUGCAUGUUGUAAAAACAAGGCAAUUAACAUAUGCAGUGCUAAAGCAUUUGGGCGAGUAUGUUCAAAAUCUUGAAAAAGUAGGGAUAUUAGACGAGAAAGAGAUGAUUCAUCUUCACGAUUCUGUGCAGACUGACUUGAAGAAAGCUCUAAGGAACCCUCCCGUAGCAAAGAUGCCAAAGUUAAAUGAUAUGUUAAGAGUCCAUCCUCUGCUGAGAGCACUUCCUUCAACUGCACGUAUGCAUCUUGAAACAUGUACUAAAGAAUUAUCAAAACCUCAUGGAGUAGCACUUUGUAAAGAGGGAACUGAACCAAAAGGAAUAUGGCUUGUUUCAAAUGGAACUGUGAAGUGGGGGAGUAAAAAUUUCAGAAACAAACAUUCUUUGCAUCCAACAUUCUCACAUGGAAGUACUUUAGGCCUAUAUGAAGUACUAACUGGAAAGCCUUACAUCUGCAAUCUCAUCACAGAUUCUGUUAUAUACGGUUUUUUCAUUGAAAGUGAAACGAUACUCUCGUUGAUCCAAUCAUAUCCUUCUGCAGAAGAUAUCUUGUGGCAGGAAAGUUUCUUAGCCAUUGCCAAAACCCUUGUUCCACAAAUAUUUGAGAAAAUGGCUAUGCAUGAAUUGAGAUCCCUUGUUGUGGACAAGUCAGAUAUGAACAUAUACAUAAGCGAAGAAAUUAUAGAAAUACCCCCACACUCUGUUGGAUUUCUAUUGGAAGGGUUUAUUAACUCCGUAACUGAUCCAGAGGAAAUGGUGACAUCUCCAGGAGUGCUGUUACCCUCGUAUGGAGAUUUAAGCUUCCUCAAUUUGGAAACAUCAGGUCCCAAGGCUGGAACCUCGUACCAGGUUAUAACAAGAGCUAGGGUGAUUAUACUUGACAUGGCGACAGUUGAGGCUGACACACAACCACGAAGGAGAGCAACAUCUUCAUGGAACCCUGCUGCAGUUGAAUCCCCUAGAGGCUUAAAUAGAGAGCACGGCGGUCUAGUGAGUUGGCCUGAGAACUUGUUCAAACGCAAAGGACGCCAACACGAGAAGCAGGGCAGUAGCUUUAGAAACUCCAGAAGUUUCAAGAGUUCUCAGACGAAUGAACUGCACAGUCAUUCAUAUCCAAAAGUUCCAUCAAACGGAGAGGUUAGACCACUUGUGUCCGUCGGAUCAGAAGGGUCUAAUACUGCAAGAAAAACUAGCUUCACGCUUAAAGAAUUUACAAGAUCAGAUGAGAAUUCUGUCAGCAGAAAUACUAGUAAGAGUAGCACAGAUGAUACCUCAAGUGAUGAAUCUGGUAAAGAAGAAGAACUCAUAGUGAGAAUCGAUUCCCCGAGCAGGCUUUCCUUUCAACAGCUACCAGUUUCAUCCCAGUACCCAUAGAUGGUUAUGAUUGUGCUAUUGGUAAUUCCCUCUGUGUGCUCUUAUGGAAGAAUACAAUAAAAAACAAAAUAAAAACAUCUUCGAGAAGCUUUGGAAUAUGGAAGGAAGGAUGUGAGGUGCUCUUUCAGAAUAAGACUUCAAUUCCCAGAAAGCAACAUCUGUUUAUACUUAUCUGUAUAGGAGUUGGAGAAGAAGAACAAAAACCCACAAGUGAACCAGCAUCUUCAUCAGAAUUCUCACCGGAAACAUGUGAUGCAUUCUAUCUUACUAAGAGUGGUAGAUGUGGCAUUGUACUAGUCUUACGCGAUUUUGCAGGUAACUUCUAAGGUUGCAGAUCCAUGGACUCAGAAGUGCUGAGCGCGCAGAAUGUCUAGCAGUUUUAGCAUGGGAGAAUCUUGAUAGUCUUGUGGACACUAUGUCAAUAUUUCAAUCGUUUUAAUAAUUGGCAGUGUAAUUUUUUAAGAAGAGAAUGGUAAGGUAGCGGACAGGAUGGGCAAAGACAGUGGAACUGUAGAAGGUUUGGUGUUAGUAAUGGCUGGUAUGACAGUCCACCAAACAUUAUUUCUAGGCUUUUGCUGAAGGACAUAAACCAUAUAACAGCUUUGCUCUAAUGAAUUUUCUUUGCAUCAAA